AUGCUACUGAAGGAUCUCGAAGAUGCCUUACAAGGAUAUCAAACGAGGAAAGAAGCGCCAGAGAGCACGAGAAGAGUUUCAAGUACUGUAAUUGAUGACGAAUUAUGUUCCUUAUCAAACGCACUGGCAUCGCCACCUGAAGCAGUGAAAAAGAACUCCAAAGCGUCAACGGGAAAGCGUAAAUACCAUCAAAAAUCAAGAUCUGGCUGCUCUACUUGUAAGAAACGUCGAGUUAAGUGCGAUGAACAGAAACCACUUUGCGGGAAUUGUGUUAAAUUAAAAUUGGAGUGUGGGUAUCUUCAUAUGGAUCCAGAAGAGAGCUCACCACCGCCGCCACCACCAAAGAAAGCAAAAAAAAUGAAGACAGAGACAGAACUGAAGAAGGCGAAGGCGGUAUCUACAGGGAGGAGUUCCAUCAAACUGGGUAGUGAUGACGUUAUUGGAAACAACAACUAUUCAGACGAGACUUCAACAAGGAAUAAUAGCAUCGACCAACGAUCUUUGGAUGGGUUGAACUCUUCAACGACCACACAACAAGCUACACCCUCGUUGACACCUACACCAAACACAUCACAACCAAGUUUGGACAGUUCGGUACCACCUGGUAACCCUAUGGCAACAAUGGGCCAGCUGAUGAACAAUCCCUUGAGCGCAUUGUCUUCAGGACUACUAAGUGCAGGGAAUUUGAAUAAUUUGAAUAUCGCUCAUUUGGUUAAUAAUUUGGCAGGUAUGGGUGGUGUGGCUGGUGAUGCAGGAAACGGUUUAAACAAUUUGAUGAACCUUGGAAACUUGGCAAAUCUUUCAAACUUGGCAACGUUGGCACAAUUGCCGAUUGACUUGAGCAAUUUAGCUGGAUUAUUUGGUGGUGCAGGAGGUGUUGGAGGUGGACUAAUUGAACAAUUGGCAAGUGCAGCUAUAAAUGGUAACAGUGGGCUGCCAUUGGAUGCAUUGUUGAAUGCACAAUCAGGGCAGCAGCAGCAGCAGCAGCAGUUGCGAUCACAGGGUCGAGACCAAUUGAAUAUGGGUCAGUCAAACCGACAACAAGCUCAAUAUCGAUCUACUUCGUCCGACGAUGGACAAUUUGAGAACCAAAAAUCCGCUCCCCUUCAACAACAACAGCAACAACAACCACAGCCACAGUCAUCACAACAGCCGCAGAAUCUCGAUGAUAGCAGCAUUGAUGCAAACAUCAACUUGGACUCCCAAGGAUCAGCAUCUUCACCACCAUUUAACAUCCCUCCACACACAUCAUCUGAGCCAGUGCCAGACUCUGCUGGAACACUACCGAAUAUUGCUCCAAAUCAAACACUGUCGAUUCCAUCAUCUGUACCUUUGAACAAUAAGACUAUGGCACAAGCAAUGAAUUCGAGUACUUUGAAUAUGUUGGAUUUGAAAUUGAUGUUUCAUUACACGUCACAAGUGGCCAACACAAUUACUGGUGCUGGUAUUUCAGAAACCAAUAUAUGGAUCCAUGAUAUUCCCAUGUUGGCAUUUGAGCAUCCAUUCUUGAUGCAUUCGAUAUUAGCAUUCAGUGCUACCCAUUUAUCACGAACGGAAAAAGGGUUGGACCAAUGUGUUACUUGUCAUAGAGGUGAUGCAUUGAGGUUGUUGAGGGAAGCAGUCUUGGACAUCAACGCCGACAAUACCGAUGCACUCGUUGCUAGUGCAUUGAUUUUGAUUAUGGACUCAUUGGCCAAUGCAUCAUUCCCUUCAUCAACGUCGCCCAAAUCGCUACCCGCAUCAGCAUGGAUUUUCCAUGUAAAAGGUGCAGCAACAAUUUUAACUGCUGUUUGGCCGUUAACUGAAGCAUCUCGAUUUUACAAAUUUAUAAGCGUUGAUUUGGGUGAUUUGGGUGAUAUUAUUAAUCAAAAGGCAAAUUUGAACACAACCAACCCUAGUGGGUCAACUUCAAAUGGCAACGGUGAACGAUUCUAUGCUGAUCUUGAGUGUCAUGAUGCUGAUAUCGCUGAUUUGUUCCCCGUUGAAAUUGAUUCUCCAUAUUUGAUUACAUUGGCUUAUUUGAACAAACUACAUAAGGAAAGGUAUAAGUCUGAUUUUAUAUUACGAAUAUUUGCAUUUCCGGCAUUGUUGGAUAAACAAUUUAUGUCAUUGUUGAUGUCAGGUGAUGUGAAAUCGAUGAGGAUUAUGAGAUCGUAUUACAAAUUGUUGCGGUCAUUUACAAUGGAGAUGAAGGAUAAAGUAUGGUUCUUAGAAGGUGUCGCACAAGUGUUGCCUCUGAAUGUUGAGGAAUAUGCUGGUGGUGCUGGUGGUAUGCAUAUGAUGAUGGAUUUCUUGGGUGGUGGACCUGAUAUCGUGGAUGAUUAUGGUAAUGAAUUUGAUGAUAGCGAUGGUGACGAAGAGCUUGAUGGUGAUGUUGCCGGUGGCAACUGUGGUGUCAGGAAUGGCUCUGAUGCAAAUGUGACCACUACUAAACGAACUAAAAUGAACUUGACUGAAAUGACCAAUACUAAUAAUUUACCGAGUGAUAUUACAAGAGAGUUGGAUAUAAUGCAAGGAGAUCAAGGGUUUAUCAACUUGAAAUGA